AUGAUCAAUUCACUUCCUGAUGAUUUAGCCCUGAAGGUUGCUUUACACCUCGAGGCGUCAGAUGUUUGUUCACUGGGCAGUUGUUCAAGGUUUUGGCGAGAGUUAUGUGGGUCUGAUUUUAUAUGGGAGGAUUUAUGCAGAGAGAGGUGGGUGGCAAUCAAUUGGGAUUCGGCUUCUUCAGCUCAUGGGAGCCAUUCUCGUCUUCCGUCUAACUGGAAAAGCAAUUCUGGCAAAAGGUUUUUGGGGUGGAAGGCAAUGUAUGUAAAAAGGCACAAAGAGAUGGCAGGAAAAGCAGCACUUAUAUUUGAUUUUGUGGACCAAUGUUUGACCUUUGAUUCCAUAGAGAUUGGAUAUCAUUUAAAAGCAGUCCAAGACAUGUCCUCAAUGUUUUUUGAAUUUGAAGACGUCCAAAUAAACUUUCUCAGAACAGAUGCCAACGUGCUUCUCAAUUUGAUUGGCUUGCACUACUGCAUCACCAUUCUUGAGAUGCCUGCUGAAUCUCUUACAGAAGCAUUAAGAAAGUGCAAGGUUUCGGAGAGGCAAGUAUGCGUCAAAUGGUGGAAACUUGGCCGUUUGUUCUAUGGCUUUCGACUUCGUGAUGAAUUGCUUUCUCGCACUGUUUCUUUAGAAGACCUGGCUUCAUCUAAAGAAAAUGAAGUUCUUGGUGUGCUUCAGCGUGGGGCAAUUCAUGAGGUAUUACGAGUUAAGAUUUCUGCUGCCAAGCCUGAAUGCGUGCCCUGGUCCUGCCAAAUUGCAGAAAGCGGAAAUCUUUGA